GGAAACAGGAAGAGCUUAUCUCAGUACCUACGUUGCUCAUGCUAAUGUAUGUGUAAAGAUAAGGAAGAAAAUCCAGCAAAUAGGACAGUUAUCUUUGAAACAAGGAGUUUCUGAAUUUUUACUGAAGCCUUUUGGAACUAGAAAUACGAAACCUGAGCACCAGCUGAGCAAAUCUGUGAAAGUGAAAGUAAGUUGGCUGUCAGAGACAAGCAGGGACUGAAAAACGCAGGAGAAAUCAACAGAAUGGCUGCUAAUGCAUCAGAAUCUGAAAUGGACUGUACCUGCCCUGUUUGCUGUGAUAUAUUUAAGGAUCCUGUUAUCUUGUUGUGCGGUCACAGCUUCUGUAAGUACUGUCUGCAGGAGUGGUGGAGACAGAGUUCACUCAAAACCUGCCCAGUCUGUAAGAAAUUAUUUCCAAUGCCUCAGCCUCCUCGAAAUCUGGCACUGAGAAACCUGUCUGACAGCUUGAGACAAGAGAGGAGUCAGAGGACGUACUCGGUAUCAAAAGAGAUUUGCAGUCUUCACAGUGAGAAACUCAAGCUCUUCUGUGAGGAUGACCAACAGCUCAUUUGCGUGAUAUGUAGAGAUUCACAAAAACAUAAGAAACACAACUGCGUCCCAGUCAAUGAAGCAGCAGACGGCCAUAGGACCCAACUCAAGGUUGAUCUGAUGACCUUAAAAAGCAACCUUGGGAAAUAUGAAGCAGAAAAACUCAGGUGUGAUAAAUUGGACAAACACAUCAAGCUUCAGGCUCAGCAGACGGAGAAGACAAUCAAAGAGGAGUUUCAGAAGCUUUACCAGUUCAUGCAAGCAGAGGAGGCUGCUAGGAUUGAUGCAGUGAGGAAAGAGGCCACACUGAAGAGUGACACAAUGAAAAUCAGGAUUGUUAAUUUGACUGCAGAGAUCUCCUCACUCACAGACAAAAUUAAAACCAUAGAGAAGGAGAUGAAGGCUGAGGACAUCUCGUUUAUGCUGAAUGCGAAAUCCACUGUAGAGCGACUCCAAUGCAACCUGGCAAAACCAGAGACUCCAUCGGCCCUGGUUGAUGAGGCCAAACAUGUGGGGAACCUGCUGUUCACAGUCUGGAUGAAGAUGAAAAAUAUAAUUCAGUACACUCCUGUAAUUCUGGACCCCAACACUGCCGACUUGCAACUGACUAUAUCAGAACAGAUGACCCGUUCAACAAAAAGUGACAAGAGUCAGUCGCUACCUAACAACCCCGAGAGGCUGCGCAGCAUAGACGUUCUCGGCUCUGAAGGCUUUAGCUCUGGAAAACACAGCUGGGAUGUGGAGUUGGGGGAGUACUGGAGUGUUGGUGUGGCUACUCGAACAAAUGAUCCAAUCUCCAAAACAGUCUGGGGCAUCUACAUAUGUACUUGCACUGACAUUCUCCGUGAACUUACUCCAAGAGAUUAUGUGAAAAUUGUGUCUAAAGAUUGUUUUCCUCGAAAGGUCAGAGUGCAGCUAGAUUAUGACCGAGGAAUACUGUCAUUUGUUGACUUAGAUAAGAAAACACUUGUACAUACCAUUAAAGACACCUUCACAAAAAGGGUCUUUCCUUAUUUUAAAGAAAACGCAAAAAUCCUCCCAGCUGAAUUGUCAGUUAGGAUAAGACAAUCCACAUAAACAUUCUGCAUUACUGCAGAGGUUCAACAGCAAGACGAGGCUUUGAAAGCUUAAUGAUUCAUGAUAUCACCAACUGGUCGUCAGUUUUUAUUUCUGUUUAGUAGGUCUUCUCAUCUUUUUGACAUUGUGCGGGAUUUGCCUCUUUUCUUUUUCGUUUAGUCCACCUUAGAGAGGAACUCGACCAAUUUUACACAUGUUUACACAAAGUUUAAUUUAGUCACUAUACAUUGUAAAAACAGAUGUAUAAUGUUUGCUUUUGAAUUUUUGACCGCCUGAGUUACAGCUGGAGGGUGGGGCUUUGAAAGACACGGAAAUUUAGGUUUUAAUGAAAGAUGCUGUUGCGUUGCAUUAUGGGAAAUUUUUUCCCAUCCUUGGGACGACAUAUCUUCUUAUUUUAAUGUAGCUCUCAUGAGUCCCACUGCUUCACUGGAGUAUCUCCUUUGGGAAAAAAUGGAUGAUUUUGGUCUGUAUAAAUUACAAUCAUUUAACGUGUUCUAUUCUUUUAAUUCAUGCUUCAGACCAAAUUUAUAUGAAUUCAAAUGUAAAUAAAGCAAUUUCUUCAUGAGCUCUAGUUGUUUGUCAGGAACAUGAGAGCUUAACUGUAGUGCAUUGACAUCAAGUUUGCUAUAUACACUUUUUACCAUUCAUACAUAGAGUCCCAACUGUCUCCUGUAGCAUGGCUAUUCCGAUGAGUAUGUUUGUAAACGUAGUUGAAUGACAAUUAAGUGCAUAAAUAAACAAACAAACAAAUAAAUAAAAGAUUAAAGAAAAUACAAAUGCA